CUACACUGUAUGGGUAGACACCUACACUGCUUUUGGUCUCUUCAUUCAAUCACAAAAGUGCCUCUUCUCAGUACCUGGGUGUAUCAAAGCUCAAAACUCCUCGAGACAGAAAUCUCUAGCCUGACGACCCGGUAUAAACACAAAGCCUGAUAUCUCUUCCGCAACCACUUCUGGCAACAUGUCUCUCUUUGAAUCCGCACCGCUGUUUCCCAAAGAUGCAAUCUUCGCACUCACUGCACAAUACAAUAAUGAUGCGUCUCCGGUAAAAGUGAACCUCGGCCAAGGGAGCUAUCGCGACGAGAAUGGCCUUCCGUGGGUUCUACCAUCGGUCCGUGAGGCCCGAAGAAGAGUGUCAAGCCGAAAGUUGGACCACGAAUAUUUGCCUAUUCUCGGCCUCCAGAACUUCAGAUCGGCGGUAGGAGAGCUGGUCCUCGGGUCUGAAGCAUAUGCUGCCAUUGGAAACAGGCUCGCCACUGCUCAAAGUCUCUCUGGAACAGGAAGCCUUCACUUGGCGGGUGCUUUGAUCAAAAACUACAGCGGGCUGAAUCGUCAGGUCUGGGUAUCGGAGCCGACGUGGUCGAACCAUCACCUCGUGUUCUCAUCGCUUGGUUUCGAGGUCCACACAUAUCGAUACUAUGACCCGGGCUCAAGAUCGCUAGACUGGAGUUCCUACAUGGACGCUCUCCGGACUGCGGAACGUAGAUCGAUCAUCGUUCUACAUGCAUGUGCGCACAAUCCGACCGGCUGUGAUCCAACCAAAGAUCAAUGGAGGGAGAUUGGUCGCAUCAUGAAAGAGCGAGAACUCUUCCCUUUGUUCGACGCGGCGUAUUUGGGCUUCAGAUCGGGAAACUUCGACGACGACGCAUUCUCAAUCCGAUACUUUGUCAAUGAACUAGGACUUGAGUGUGCCGUGGCAAUAUCCUUCGCCAAAAGCAUGGGUCUUUAUGGUGAACGGGUUGGAGCGACCAUCAUCGUGACCAAGUCCGACAAGGUCGCUCAAAACUGUGAGUCCGUGCUCGAAAGACUACAACGCUCCGAGAUCUCGAAUCCACCCGCAUAUGGCUGCAAAAUCGCCACUCAGAUUCUCCUGGACGAGUCGUUGAAGCGCAUGUGGUUCGAAGAUCUCAAGACUAUGAGCUCGCGGAUCGAGAUGAUGCGCGAAAGACUUUGUCAACUGCUUGUCAAGAAUGGUGCGUUGGGGACUUGGGAUCACAUCAGGCAACAGUCAGGAAUGUUCGGCUUCCUUGGUCUGUCGGAAGAGGUGGUCCUGAAGCUUAGAGAGCAGUAUCACAUCUACAUGGCGGACAACUCCCGCAUAUCUAUCGCUGGGCUCAACGAAUCCAAUGUAGCCUACGUUGCAAAAGCCAUCACGCACAGUUUGGCGGCUGAGCACAAUGCGCUGGCCGCAUCCUCGCAUGCCUCCUCUCUGUAG